UAUCAUAGCAUUAGGCUAUUAGCUCAUAGUCAUAAACUUAUUAUAUUAGUAUUAAGACUAAUCAUUUUCCUUUUCUCUUAAAGUUGUUUUAGUUUUUUGAUUACAAUAAUUGGAGAUGAAGAGAAUGUGAUGCUAGUUACUAUUAUUUUAAACGAGGAAUAAAAACAAGAUCUGGUCCUGACAUUGUUAUGAAUCUUCAAACUCAGGAGGACACAAACCCAAGAUCUCUGCUAGAGGAAAAAACAACCAUUCCUAGCACCAUGUUUAAGUUUUGAGCUUCUUGAGAGUUUCAAGUCCUGUUUGAGAAAAAAUGUCACCAUUUAUGAAGUUCUCUUUCUUUCUCUAUGAUUCUCUUUCACCUUCCUCUUUGUUUCUGGUUCAAAGACAUACCUUAGCAGUAUCAUCAGAUACAGAUGGGGUUGUUACAAGUGGCAUAAUUGGAGAAAUUAUAUACAUUUGGAAGCAGACAAGAAUCUUUGUGUUUAUACCAAUCUUGAAAUUCUUAGUGACGAUAUGCUUGGUGAUGUCCUUUUUGGUGUUCAUAGAAAGAGUUUAUAUGAGCAUAGUUGUAGUCUUUGUGAAAUUACUUAGAAGAUCACCUGAGAAAGUACACAAAUGGGAAGCUAUAAACGAUGAUGAUCUUGAGCUCGCCAACACAAACUUCCCAAUGGUUCUUAUUCAGAUCCCAAUGUACAAUGAAAAAGAGGUUUGUCAGUUAUCAAUAGGAGCAGCCUGUAGGCUAUCUUGGCCGUUGGAUCGAAUGAUAGUUCAAGUUCUUGAUGAUUCCACAGAUCCUGCUAGUAAGGAAUUGGUGAAUGCAGAAUGUGAUAAAUGGGCGAGAAAAGGCAUAAACAUAAUGUCAGAGAUUAGAGACAACAGAAUCGGAUACAAAGCAGGAGCACUAAAGGCAGGAAUGAUGCACAACUACGUGAAACAAUGCGAGUUUGUCGCCAUUUUCGAUGCUGAUUUCCAGCCUGAUCCUGACUUCCUAGAACGAACCAUUCCUUUUCUUAUUCACAACCAUGAUAUCUCCCUUGUCCAAUGCCGUUGGAAGUUUGUGAAUGCGAACGAGUGUUUAAUGACAAGAAUGCAAGAGAUGUCACUAAACUACCAUUUUAUAGCUGAGCAAGAAUCUGGUUCUUCAAUCCAUGCUUUCUUUGGAUUCAAUGGAACCGCUGGUGUUUGGAGAAUCGCAGCUUUAAACGAAGCUGGAGGAUGGAAAGAUCGAACAACAGUCGAAGAUAUGGAUUUAGCUGUACGAGCUUGUCUUCAUGGUUGGAAAUUUGUAUAUGUACAUGACGUCGAGGUGAAAAAUGAGUUGCCAAGUACAUUCAAAGCAUACAGGUUUCAGCAACAUAGAUGGUCUUGUGGACCAGCUAACCUGUGUAGGAAGAUGACAAUGGAAAUCUUGCAGAACAAGAAAGUGUCGGCGUGGAAGAAGUUGUAUCUCAUAUACAAUUUCUUCUUCAUAAGGAAGAUUGUAGUACACAUCUUCACAUUUGUCUUCUAUUGUCUGAUUCUACCAACAACUGUGCUCUUCCCUGAGCUCCAAGUUCCUAAAUGGGCAACUGUUUAUUUUCCUACUACAAUCACUCUCCUUAACGCUAUCGCUACACCUCGGGCGACAUUCAUCGGGCUACUAGAGGCAGGACGGGUUAACGAAUGGGUUGUUACUGAAAAAUUAGGUGACACUCUCAAGUCUAAGUUAAUAACUAAAGCUACAACUAAGCUCUACACAAGAUUUGGACAAAGACUCAAUUGGAGAGAACUCGUUGUAGGGCUAUACAUAUUCUUAUGCGGAUGCUAUGAUGUCGCGUAUGGAAGAUCAUACUUCUAUGUGUAUCUGUUUCUACAGUCUUGUGCAUUUUUUGUCGCUGGAGUUGGUUUUAUUGGCACAUUUGUUCCAACUGUUUAGAACUAAACUUUUGUAUUUUGAGAUAGCAAAUACAUGUUUUUGCUUUAUUCUUGUGAUUAGACCGACUUAACUCUUCUAUAUUCAAAUUUUUUUGUUGUUAAUGUUGUUAUGAUC